GAAAAAAAGAGGAGUAUGCAAACGCGUGUGCUGUUUAUCGAGUUAAGUUAACGUGUGCUGUUCUUGUGCGACGCCCCACGCAUGUGACGUUUGAUUUCCUCAUCACACACGUAGCUCUCUCUUCAUUGGUGUUGCUCCCGAUCGUGCGCGCAGCACAUAAACACGCCCACGAGUUAUGGGAUUUUGCUGCACCAGCAGCCGCUGUCCUAAGGGCAUCCUUAUAAGGGCCUUACCAAUACGGAAGCUUGCGCCGCCGCUACGUGAGCUGCAUGCUCAUUAAUACGAAAAAAUUGGGAACAAGCUUCCUACUUUGUAAAUAGGCUAUUUUAUUAGUGACGUAUCAAGUGUAGAGAAGAUGUCAUGGCCUCCUCUUCGGAGCCGAAGAAUCCCGAGGAAGACGCUAAUCAGGAGUCCGAAUCCGAGGGCAGCAGUGUUUACCAAUGCAGCUCCGUGAUUUCUACUGUUCCUGACAGGCAUGGCUUCUUGGGUGGUACACAGUACAGCCCUGAAAGGAAACAAGCAAUACCACCAGAAGUAAUACUUAGGAGAGAAAGGAAAUGGAUACGGAUGUUGAGCAAAUGGAGCACAUUUAUGAGCACAAAUUACAGAAAAGUGAGAGAACGAUGCAGGAAAAGUAUUCCACCUUCUGUGCGACCUCGGGCAUGGUUGAAUUUAUGCGGAGGUGCUCUUCUGCUGAAAGAAAAUCCAAAUCUGUAUCAAGAGUUACUUCUACAGCCAGGUGAUCCAAAGUACAUUGAAGAUAUCAAGAAGGAUCUUCAUCGUCAAUUUCCUCAUCAUGAGAUGUUUGUUGAAAAUGCUCCUGGCCAACAGGAGUUAUUUCAAGUUCUCAAAGCCUAUUCCAUAUUAAAUAGCAAAGUAGGCUACUGUCAAGCCCAAGCACCUAUUGCUGCCUUUCUCCUUAUGCACAUGCCAGCUGUUCAAGCUUUUUGGUGUCUUGUAGCUAUUUGUGACAAAUAUUUGCUUGGAUAUUACAGUCAGGGUAUGGAAACUUUACAGAGAGAUGGAGAUAUUUUGUUUGCUUUACUCAAAAAAGUUUCUCCAGUUGCUUAUAAACAUUUGAAAAAGCAAAAAAUGGAGCCUAUUCUUUAUAUGACUGAAUGGUUUUUGUGUGUUUACACUCGUACGCUUCCUUGGGAGAGUAUUUUGCGUAUUUGGGAUAUGUUUCUGUGUGAGGGAGUUAAAAUUAUUUUCAAAGUAGCCCUUGUGUUAUUAAAAGGAAGUAUAGGACGAUCUUGGCAAAUCAAGAAAUGCCCCACGUUAUAUGAAACUUUACAAGUAUUGAAAAAUCCUCCUCAACAAGUUAUGGAAGAAGAAUAUCUUGUUUAUCAUAUCCUUAAAUUAAAUUUAAGUGAAGAAGAUUUUGAAUAUGAGCAUCAGAGGCAAACCAUAAAGCGCAGAGCAAAGGACCAAGCUCAGCAUCAAUCUGGUAAUAAUUGGGCUAGUUUAUAAAAAAAGUUGUUUGCUAUUAAUUUGCAACAAAGCGCAUUAAUCGGCGUGCCUUUCCUUCAUUCAUCAUUGGAACGUCAGAAAGUAUUAAUUGAAGGUCGAAAAAAAAGAAAUUCCAAAGUAUGGGUCGUACAAUUUCUCGCAAUCAUAAUAUAAUACAACUCAUUCGUCAUAAUCGAGAAUUCCAUAUUUUUUACGAAGUAUAAAUAAAGCAUUUUGUCUACAUAAUAUAUAUAAAGGAAAUCCUUUUAUAUGCGCACCUUGAUCAAGGUGAUUAAGUAUAAUAUAUAAUAAAAAAGGAAAAUUUUAUUAUUUAUAAUAAUGGAAUGUUGCCAUUCUUCUGAUAAAUGGUGAGAGUGUGACUUACUAACUUAAACUUUUCAAUUAAAAAAGUGAGUAUUAGGUAUAACUGUCGUAUUUCUCGUUAAUAAUAUUUAUAUAUGUACAAAUUAGCUCUUGUAUGACGUAUUUUUAAACGAAUCUACGAAUAAUGCAAUAUAUUGUUAUCUACGAAAAAACAAACGUAUUGUCAAUAAAUUGGUACCUUGCUUCGUA